GCGCUGUGGCCGUGGCGGUGGCGCUGUUUCCGGCGGUGGUGAGUGAGAGGAGGGGGCCUGCGCUGGAGGAGAAGUUGAAGACAGCAGCGGAGCUAAAGGAACAAGAACCCCCCCCUCCAUCAUUCAAUCUGCGCUGUUACCUGGCGGGCCCCGGGCGGCUUCAUGCUCUGUGUCAGCGGGGACGUGUGAGCGUGUGUCGGCGGCUUCCCUGCGGCCAGUGUCGGGGUCCCGGAGUGAGGGGAAAAUGCCUUCUCUUCUCCCAUGGAGGGUUUCGCCCGCACUUGUGUUGCUUCUCCUCCCUUCCACUGUGGCUGCAGAAGAGUCAUCUCUGCUGGACGGCUGGCAAGAUGUCUGGCUCUUCCGAUUCCUCAUCAACAUGCUGGGAUACUCCACCAUCAUCAUCCCUGGCUACCUCCUCAUUAGCUACUUCAAGCGCACCAAUUACCUAGAAACAGGUAGUGGGAUUUGCCAUCCUCUAAUAAAGACCUGCGUGUUUGGCAGUGAGGCCAAAACAAGUCUGUUGGAUGACACGUCGGUUGCAUCCAGGAAUGAAGGAGACUCAGGCUCGUCAGUCAAACAGGGCAUCAAAUUAGUCUUUUGUGCUGCUGGACUUCAGGCUUCGUACCUGACAUGGGGGGUCCUGCAGGAGAGGGUGAUGACUCGUUCCUAUGGAGCCACGACUCCAGAGGAGGCGGGAGAGAAAUUCAAGGACUCCCAGUUCUUGGUCUUCAUGAACCGCAUCCUGGCUCUGACCGUGUCGGGCCUCUGGUGCGUUCUGUUCAAGCAGCCUCGCCACGGAGCGCCCAUGUACAAGUACUCCUUCGCCUCGCUCUCCAACAUCAUGAGCAGCUGGUGCCAGUACGAGGCCCUCAAGUACAUCAGCUUCCCCACCCAAGUCCUGGCCAAGGCCUCCAAAGUCAUUCCUGUCAUGCUCAUGGGGAAGCUCAUCUCCCGUAAGAGUUACGAAUAUUGGGAGUACUUGACCGCCGUGCUGAUCUCAGUGGGUGUCAGCAUGUUCCUGUUGUCCAGCACAACCAGUAAGCACCCAUCCAACGUCACCACCUUCAGCGGGAUCAUCAUCCUCGUGGGCUACAUCGUCUUCGACAGUUUCACCUCCAACUGGCAGGACAACCUGUUCAAGCACAAGAUGUCGUCAGUGCAGAUGAUGUUCGGAGUCAACCUGUUCUCCUGCCUCUUCACUGUCGGCUCGCUGCUGGAGCAGGGCGCCUUCUUCGAGUCGGUGGCCUUCAUGACGCGUCACUCCGAGUUUGCCUUUCACGCCGUGCUGCUGUCCGUGUGCUCAGCGUGUGGCCAGCUCUUCAUCUUCUACACCAUCAGCCAGUUCGGUGCUGCCGUCUUCACCAUCAUAAUGACCCUGAGGCAGGCCAUCGCCAUUCUCCUCUCUUGUUUCCUUUACGGUCACGCCGUCACCAUUGUAGGUGGAUUCGGUGUCGCCGUAGUUUUCCUGGCACUUUUCCUUCGGGUGUAUGCACGUAGCCGCAUGAAGUCGGGUCGACGGUCAGCGCAGCCGCUUGCACAGAAGGUGUAACACCAAACUGGGAACUGAGGCCACGUUUUCUGUGGUGCUUUUUGUCUUUUUUUUGUGUCUCUUGAUUUCUUAACCGUUUUCUUUUUCAUUCAUUUAUAUUGUUGUUAGCUACGGUACAGAAAGGGAUUAGCAGUUUUGACUCUUGCACCAAGAUGACCCCAAGGGGUCCAUGUGAUUUCAGUGCCUGCAGUAUUGUUUAAUACACAAUUCUCAGACCACAACUUGUCUCUUCAGUUCUUUCACAGUUAAAAGGUGGACUGUUUUUUUUUAUAACUACAAUAUGAUUUUUGAUUCCCAUCAGUCACGACUUGAUAACCAACAGUUAAGGCAAAUGUUUUUAACACUUUCACUUCCACCUCAUCGUUCGGCCAAGAAACCUUUUUUGCAUAUGUUUCUCAUUUGUAGUAUACUCUGCUUCCGGUUUCCACCUGCACGCCCAUGGAAUGGUCUUGUGAUAUGUGUUUUUAGAUGAAUGGGCGGGGAUUAUUACUGAUUCAUAGUUACACCUCAAAUGGACGGAGGACGUUAUAGUUUUGAAACGCAGUUUGGUAUCAUUUAAGGUACAUUAACUUCUCCCAGAGGAUAACAUCUGUAAUGGAGGGUGGUAAACGACGGGUUUUGUAAAAAGAGCACACCACGUGGAAAUUAAACAAUUUGGCCUUGACAUCGCUGAAGCAGAUGCUGCUGUCGCUCCAAAUUAUCCUUAAAUCAUUUUUUUGUUGUCCUCACAAUACAGAUUUUAUUUAAGAUCUCAAAAUCGAGCUGAAAAUGAUUGUGUAAAUAUAUUGUUUAUUUCCGACCAACUUGUCUGAUGUGUACUUUUGUAAAAGGACUGCUUUGUGCGCGUCACUUUUACAUGUGAAUGUUUGAAAGAAGUUUGAUGAUGCUCAAAGUCGUCACGGCGAUGUGAAGGUACUGUAGGUCCUGCAGAAGAGAAUUCAUACAAGGGAAAUGCAAUGUGACUGGUACCUUGUUUUUUUUUUAUCAUUCUAUUUCCUCUGGUAACUGGAUUAUUAAUAAAAUACUAAAUUAACUUAAA